AUGGCAUCACUAAAGUCUCUUUCGCGAAAGUUUACAUCAGCAGCAUCGGCAACCCCAUUCCGCCUUGCUGUAGUUGGAAGUGGACCUGCUGGAUUCUACACCUCGCACAGACUACUGAAAGAAUGGCCAAACACUCAAGUUGACAUGUAUGACAGCCUACCAGUGCCUCAUGGUCUUGUUCGUUUUGGAGUUGCACCUGAUCACCCAGAAGUAAAGAAUGUUAUGACUACUUUUGACAAGGUUGCUGAAGAUUCUCGCUUCCACUUCCUUGGAAAUGUGACAAUCGGAAAGACUGAAGGUGGACUGACAGUCGAGGAGCUCAAGUCUCAAUAUGACGCUGUCCUUUUCUCAUAUGGAGCGAGUGAAGAUCGAAAGCUCGGAAUACCCAAUGAGGAUGUUUGGGGUGUGGAGGCAGCAAGCGCCUUUGUUGGUUGGUACAAUGGCUUGCCGGCCUACCGAGACCUUGCACUUCCACUGGAGGAUACAGACACUGCAGUAGUGAUUGGCCAAGGUAAUGUCGCGCUUGAUGUUGCGCGUAUUUUGUUGAGCCCUAUCGAUGUGCUUCGUAAAACGGACAUUACCGAGUAUGCUUUGGAGGCUCUAUCCAAGAGCAGAAUAAAGCACGUUCAUGUAGUAGGACGUAGAGGUCCUCUUCAGGCUGCAUUUACUUCAAAAGAAUUACGUGAACAAAUGGCUUUACCAAAUGUAGCAUUCAAAGCGGACCACGAGUUUAUCAAAAACGAGAUCACUGAAUCUCAGGCAAUUCUUAGCAAGAACCGCCCUCUCAAGCGUCUCAUGGGAAUUCUUGAAAAAGGCUCACCUAUUCAGAACGCUGAGAAAUCUUGGAGUCUUGAAUUUUUAAAGAGUCCAAAGGAGAUCUUGACAAACCAAGAUCGUACAGCUAUUCAUGGUAUUGAGUAUGAACUCAAUCGAUUGGAGGGUCCGUUGGAUCAGGCACGCAAGGCAGUAGGCACGGGCAUCUUUAAGCGACAGGAGUGCGGAAUGGUACUGAGAAGUAUUGGAUAUAAGAGUGUACCCAUCAAAGGAAUUCCGUUUGAUGCACGUCAGGGGCGUGUUCCAAAUCGGUUUGGAAAAGUAUUGGAGAGUGAAACCGAAGUUCCUGGGCUUUAUACCGCAGGUUGGUUGAAGAGAGGCCCGACAGGUGUUAUUGUGUCCACUAUGCAGGAUGCUUAUGAAACAGCGGAUACAAUUGUGGAUGAUCUCAAGAAUGGAAAACAAAUGCUCGAUGGAGCCAACAAAGAAGGUGCAGCAGGACUUGAGCCUUUGUUAAAGGAAAGAGGUGUAAGAGUCGUGAGCUUUGAUGAUUGGAAAAAGAUCGAGGCUGCAGAAUUUGCCGCAGGAGCCAAACUUGGCAAACCUCGUGAAAAGUUUAGUCGAGUGAAAGAUAUGCUUGCUGUCCUAGACUCAUAA